AUGCAGGACGCCUGGACUGCUCGCAAAGCAGAGGAGAUCCAAGGCUACGUGGAUCGCAACGAAUGGGAAAACUUCUUCUCUGUGAUCAAAGCUGUUUACGUUCUGCCGACGAAGGGCAAUGCUCCUCUCCUCAGCGCCGACGGCAACACUCUUUUGACUGAGAAGACGCAAAUCCUGCGGCGAUGGGCCGAGCAUUUCCGAGGCGUCCUCAACCGCCCCUCCGUCAUCUCCGACGCCGCCAUCGAGCGUUUGCCGCAAGUGGAGACAAACGUGGACCUCGACCUCCCGCCAUCUCUCCAGGAGACCAUCAGGGCCGUGCAGCAGCUCUCCAGCGGGAAAGCACCCGGAUCGAACGCGAUCCCUGCUGAGGUCUACAAGCACGGAGGUCCCCAACUGAUGGAUCACCUGACUGCGCUCUUCCAAGAGCUGUGGCGUCAAGGUGAAGUCCCGCAAGAUUUCAAAGACGCAACCAUCGUGCAUCUCUACGAACGCAAAGGGAAUCGCCAAGUCUGCGACAAUCACCGCGGCAUCUCCCUGCCGAACAUCGCCGGGAAGAUCUUCGCCGGCAUCCUUCUCAACCGCCUGAAUAAUCAUCUGGAACAGGGCCUUCUGCCGGAAAGCCAAUGCGGCUUCCGACGUCAUCGUGGGACCACGGAUAUGAUCUUCGCCGCCCGUCAACUUCAGGAGAAGUGUCAGGAGAUGCGGACCCACCUGUACUCUACCUUCGUGGACCUGACGAAAGCCUUCGACACGGUGAAUCGUGAAGGACUGUGGAAGAUCAUGCAGAAAUUCGGCUGUCCGGAGCAAUUCACUCAGAUGGUGCGUCAGCUGCACGACGGUAUGAUGGCGCGAGUCACAGACAACGGAGCUGUCUCAGAGGCAUUCGCAGUGACCAAUGGAGUGAAGCAGGGCUGCGUACUGGCGCCUACCCUCUGCAGUCUUAUGUUCUCCGUCAUGCUGAUGGACGCCUACAACGACGAACGCCCCGGGAUCCGCAUCGCCUAUAGGACGGAUGGUCACCUCCUGAAUCAACGGCGGAUGUACUUCCAAUCGCGCGUAUCCACCACCACCGUUCACGAACUCCUCUUCGCCGACGACUGCGCCCUGAACACCACCUCGGAAGAGGAGAUGCAACGGAGCAUGGACCUAUUCUCUGCCGCCUGCGAGAACUUCGGUCUGGUCAUUAACACGCAGAAGACGGUGGUGAUGCACCAACCGCCACCCCACUCAGUCAGAGCCCACAACGCGCCGCCGCAAAUCAGCAUGAACGGAACCCAACUGCAAGUGGUGGAGAACUUCCCGUACCUGGCCAGUACCCUCUCCCACAACACCAAGAUCGACGACGAAGUCGCCAACAGGAUCUCGAAAGCCAGUCAAGCCUUCGGUCGCCUCCAAAGCACAGUUUGGAAUCGCCACGGUCUUCAGCUGAGCACGAAGCUGAAGAUGUACAGGGCCGUCAUCCUGCCGACACUACUGUAUGGAGCGGAGACUUGGACGGUGUACGCAAAGCAGGCACGUCGUCUGAACCACUUCCACCUCAGUUGUCUACGUCGCAUCCUGAGGCUGAACUAG